GGGCGUUUUCGAGUACUUACCUCGUGAAAUUUGGAAAAUCAUUUUUUUAUAUACUGAAGAUUUAAUUGAAAACGGUCCAGUGAUGUCUGUAAAUAAGCAUUGGUACAAUAUGUAUAAGUCCGUCACCUUUGAAGCACUUACCAUCGAUCUAAGCUGUGCUCAAUCUGAAUAUUAUGAUAUUCUAAACUCUCCAUUUCGUCCAGGGCAGUGGAUUACCUCUUUUACGUUUCAAUCUUUUAGCGCAGAGGCGGAUUACACCACUAAUAUUGCUGAAACCAGACUUUAUCGCUUGAUGAUGCAUACGCCCCAUGUUAAAGUAGUCAAAUUCGAUCACAUUGAAUAUGUCACGGCUAAAGACUGGGUCUAUUUCUAUAAGGUACUAAAGGCGGCAAACGUUUGGAAAAUAUGCUGUUUGCCAGAUGAUUGGAAUUUGUAUGGUGUAAAUAAGCAAGUUAACCUGAAAACGGUGUAUUCCAUUUAUAUAAAAUGUGCACAGCAUCUGAAGCACUCACUUCGCUCAGUACGUUUGAUUGAACAGUCAAUGCCAACGAAUAUCGGUCCCAGUUUUGUGCAUGAGCUUGUCACAUUGACAUCUUUAAAUAUCACUGAAGGUUAUUUAAAAACUAUGUCUGAUUUAGAUAUGCUGCUUCAAUACACUCCUCAGCUAGAAGAACUCAGUGUAGAUUUUACGGGCACAAGGUUCAAUACAGACCAAGAAGACGACAAAACAAUUUUGAAUGGGGUCUAUCCCAGCAUAAAGAUCCUUACCUUCCAUGACUAUGUUUUCCAGACCGACAAUCAAGUAUGCGUAUUCAAUAACAAUUUUACAGGACUUAGAAGACUGCACAUUACGUGCUUUCAAAAUAAACUUAGUAUAAACCCGGUAAUUACUGAUAAUUUCUUUAUGGUGCUCGCAUCGCUUUCAAGUUAUCACAUACACUUCAGUGGAAAUGCCAUCGGCAUAUCAGACUAUAUAAUCAAAAAUUGUCGACAAAAAUUGCACGUGUCUGUUAAUAACAAGAAUUAUGUAGAUGAAGAUGCCAUCACUAUCAGCAAAACACAGCGUGUCUCCAGGACAAUGAUAAACUAUGAAUUCCAUCACGAAUAUUCUAAUGCAAGACAUAUUCUGUCAAACCUGGGUCCGAAUGUCCAGCAAUUUGAACUUGGUAACUCAGGAGAAGAAGUUACCCAAGAAAUUUUGGGUACUGUUUUUAGCUCCCACCAGGAAAAUAUACACGCUCUGGUAUUCCAAAGACUCAAAUUCAAAAAGUUCGACAGGACUGAUUCAUUGUAUACAAGUAACAUCCAAAGUAUAACGUUUAAUAAUUGUCAGUUUUCUGGACAAUCUCUCGAAAUGUUAUCAGCUCAGUUUACAAAGUUGAGCAAGGUCCGUUUUAAAGGAUAUCGCUUGGUUAGACGUCCCAAAUACUUUUGGGCAGAUAUUAAUAUGCCAUCGACUGAUUUCCACACUCUCUAUAUAUCGUAUGCCUUUCCACCUCAUGUCUACUUUGAAACGAUGGGUCAAUUUGCACGGUAUAAUGGUGAUUAUGUUGUGCCAAAAACAUUAUGCGCAUCUUCUUUGGUUUCAAUUACAUAUGCAAAGAAAGGUACGACAAAAUAUUAUUAUACAAGAUAUAAAGCAAAACAAGUGCUUGUGGAAACAGCAGAACCACAAUUUUAUCUACUCCUAGAAAUGAACCCGGAUGUAGUCUUUAUUAAAAUUACCGUUAAAUCCAUCCGGAGGCUCUUGCUUAAAUCAGCAGUAGCCCAUUAAAGAAGAUCUAGAUGAUUUUCUAACAUCCAUAGUCUUCGAUUGUUUCCAAAUAUUUCAAUAAAAUACGCCCUUUGUAUUCAUUUU